AAGUGCCACUUCUAAAGUGUUGUUGACUUCAGAUAAAACAGAGGUUCAAUAAUUACUAUUUAAUGGCUGCAAUAAAUUUCACUUUAAUCCCCAGAUUACCCUCUCAUGACAAACAAUUUACCUUUAUCUCUUAUAUUUCUCCUUCUCUUGAUCUCCACCGCCGGAGAAAACCUUUCUCCGUCAUUUCUCGCCGGAAGAAAUCAAGACGGAAACUAGCAGAUAAAGACAUGUCAAUAGCUAUGCCGUCUCACCGGCGGGACCGAAGCGACGAGUCACGGCUUCUGAUUUCCGUGAACAGCGGUGAUGGUGAUAAAGGUGAAAUGCUAACGGCUAGUAAUGUGGAAGAAGAGAGUGGUAAAAAUAAUGGAAUGCGUAAAAAUAGGAGCAGAAUCAAAUGUUUUGGUGUUGAUUUGUCGCCGGAUAAUGUAGCGGUGGCAAUGGUGUAUUUUGUACAAGGUGUUUUAGGGCUUUCUAGGCUUGCCGUUAGUUUCUAUCUCAAAGAUGAUUUGCAUUUAGAUCCUGCUGAGACAGCCGUGAUAUCUGGUUUUUCUGCAUUACCAUGGCUUAUCAAACCUCUAUAUGGAUUUAUUAGUGAUUCUGUCCCCCUUUUUGGUUACCGAAGAAGAUCUUACUUAGUUCUUUCGGGACUUCUUGGUGCAUUUUCUUGGAGCUUAAUGGCUAUGUUAGUUGAUAGCAAGUAUAGUGCGGCUUUUUGUAUUCUUCUUGGAUCACUUUCUGUUGCCUUCUCUGAUGUUGUUGUCGAUUCCAUGGUAGUAGAGAGAGCACGUGGUGAGUCACAAAGCAUGUCAGGAUCUCUUCAGUCUUUAUGUUGGGGUUCUUCAGCUUUUGGUGGAAUUGUUAGCUCUUACUUUAGUGGCUCUCUUGUGGAUGCUUAUGGUGUAAGGUUUGUUUUUGGUGUGACAGCAUUGCUACCACUGCUAACUUCUGCAGUUGCUGUUCUUGUGAAAGAACAGCGUGUUCUUGGUUCAGCAAGAGGACAGAAUGUUACUUCAACUGGCCCUGGCUUUCUGGAAAGUUCAAAGCAAAAUAUUAUUCAGUUGUGGGAUGCAGUCAAGCAGCCAAACGUAUUUUUUCCCACAUUAUUUAUCUUCCUGUGGCAGGCAACACCACAUUCAGACUCUGCUAUGUUUUACUUCACCACAAAUAAACUUGGUUUCACCCCAGAAUUUCUAGGACGUGUCAAGCUAGUUACAUCUGUCGCGUCAUUGGCUGGGGUUGGACUGUAUAAUGGCUUUCUGAAAAAAGUUCCGCUGAGGAAGAUUUUUGUUUUCACUACCAUUACUGGUACAGCUCUUGGGAUGACUCAGGUUUUUCUUGUUACUGGACUAAAUCGAAAAUUCGGUAUAAGUGAUGAGUGGUUUGCGAUUGGGGAUUCUUUGAUUCUAACAGUUCUUGCUCAGGCUUCAUUCAUGCCAGUUCUGGUAUUAGCAGCGAAAUUAUGUCCGGAAGGAAUGGAAGCAACACUUUUUGCAACACUCAUGUCGAUAUCAAACGGAGGAAGUGUUGUCGGAGGGCUGAUCGGUGCCGGUCUAACCCAACUUUUUGGGAUCACAAAGGAUAGCUUUGACAACUUAGCCACAUUGAUCAUUCUCUGCAAUCUGAGCUCCUUGUUGCCCUUACCACUGUUAGGGCUUCUUCCUUCAGAUGGUUGUGAUCCAGUAAUGGAGGAGGGUGGGGACAUUGAGAUGAAGUCUAGUUGAUGAAAUAUAGGAUGCUCAAGAAGAUCCCAAUAUUUCACAUGCAUUUUUUUAUUUUGUUCCACUUUUAGCCUUUGAAUUUGAUAAAAAGAGAUGAUUAGAAUGCUGUAAAUAAUUUUUUUGAUUUAAAUAAUAACUAUCUAACUUGUGA